AUGAAAGAAUGGAGCAAAGGAGGCAAGAGAGAAUUAGGGCUGACUGCAUUAGGAGGAAAAGAAAAGAGGAAGAAAAAAUGCAGCACAAAAUUGCGUGUAGGAGAGAUUCUGGGCAGGAAAGUGACAAUAGAAAACAAAAGUAAUAAUUCAGGGUAUUUAGGUGUAGAUAAUCGGGAAAGAGCAGAAGAACAAAAAAUUGAAGUGAAAGAAAUAAGGAGCAUAAAUGACGUCGGCAAAAGGACACCCCAGGAAGCUGGGCUACAGUAUCCACAGAUGAAGAGAUUAAAGAGAAGCAUCAACACAGAUUUUUGACUGUAG